AGUGUGUGAGAGUGUGUGAGAAGAGCACCGACAGACGACAGCAGACAUGGCAGAAGUCGCUCCAGCCGCUCCUCCUGCCCCGGCCGCCGCUCCGGCCAAACCGACGAAGAAGAAGGCGGCUUCCAAGUCGAAGCCCAGGACCAGCCCCAGCGUCGGAGAGAUGAUCGUCCAGAUUCUCAAAGAGUCAAAAGAACGUAAAGGCGAGUCUCUGGCUGCUAUAAAGAAGAAGCUGGCUGCCCGGGGCUACGACGUGGACAAGAACCGCAAGCGGAUCCUCCUGGCGCUCAAAAAGCAGGUGGACAGCGGCGUCCUGGUGCAGAUCAAAGGCUCCUACAAGAUCAAGAAGGCCGACAAGACCGACAAGAAACCCGGAGCCAAGAAACCCGCCAAGGCAAAGAAGCCCGGCGUCAAGAAAGCUGCAGGAACACCAAAGAAAGCUGCAGCCAAGAAGUCUAAGCCAAGCCCAGCCAAGAAGGCAGUGAAAGUUAGCAAGAAGGCUGCCCCCAAGAAAUCACCGAGCAAGAAGCCUGUAAAGAAACCAGCAGCUAAAAAGAGCUUGAAGAAGAGUGUGACGCCCAAGAAAGCUGCCCCAAAGAAAACGGCUGCAAAGAAGCCAGCAGCAAAGAAACCUGUCAAGUCUAAAGCCAAACCAAAGCCAGCCAAGAAGUGAGCAGCUCAACAUCAACAACACAAAGGCUCUUUUAAGAGCCACACACAAACUCAAAGAGCUCCUUCAACAUUGAACUGUUUUCUUUCAGUAACAUCACUUGAGGUCUUGCUAAUAACUAAUUUCACAUAUUGAAACGUGUUUUACACCACACUUCUGCACAAUAUAGUACAGUUAAC